CCCUAGCCUAGUCAUCACCUUCAUCUCUUUACACUCCAUGACAAAGCAACACACAACACAAAAAUUAUGAGCAACAGAGGAUGAAGAAACAAUGGCUGGUUAGGGCACUUUCCGAAACCCUAACCCUAGCUUCCACCACCACCUCUUCAUUCACUCGCUCACUCUGCUCUUCAACAUCUUCAUCUUCAUCUACAUCUUCAUCUUCAUCUUCAUCUUUCGCUCUAAAAAAUGUCACGAAAUCGAACUUCGAAUCGGCACUCAGCGACCUCCGACGCCUCGUCAGAGACGCAGACUUCGUGUCGAUCGACCUCGAGAUGACCGGCGUUACGAGCGCUCCAUGGAGAGACUCCUUCGAGUUCGAUCGCUUCGACAUUCGUUAUCUCAAAGUCAAAGAUUCGGCAGAGAAGUUCGCUGUUGUUCAGUUUGGUGUUUGUCCCUUCCGUUGGGACUCUUCCAAGCAAUCCUUCAUUGCUCACCCGCACAAUUUUUAUAUAUUUCCACGUCAAGAAAUUCCAGUUGGUGGCCCCUCCUAUGAGUUCCUAUGCCAAACAACCUCAAUUGACUUCUUGGCUAAAUACCAGUUUGAUUUCAAUCAAUGCAUACAUGAAGGAAUAUCUUAUUUAUCCAGAGGACAACAGGAUGAAGCACUAAGGCACUUACAAAUGAGGUAUGAGGACGAUUUGUCAGAAUUGUACUUGAGAGAAGCUAGAGAUACAGCGUUAGUUAGAAUUGCAGAUGUUCUCUUCACUGAGAGAAUGAAGAACAGAAUCAGUGAGUGGCGUGAGGGAUUAUUACAGAGUAGAAAUAGCGGGUCUAAAUUUCAGGAAAGUACAAAUGACUUCAGUCAACAAUUUCAAACCAUCUUCUUCAAGAUGCGCCCAGCUCUUUUGCUGAAUGGGUUCACCUCUCACCAGCUAAGGUUGAUUCAGUUGGUUACUGUGAAGCAUUUUGAAAACCUUGUUUACAUUCGUGUAAAGGGUGAAUCUUCCUCUGUACAACAAUUAAUUGUGUACACUGAAUCAAACAAUGACAGGGGCUUACUUAUGAAAGAAGUCAAGGAUGGGCUUCGCAAGGAAGAAGAGAUGAAGAUCGAAGCUGCGGUUGGAUUUCGGCAUGUUAUUGAUCUCCUUUCCUCAGAGCAGAAGUUGAUAGUUGGUCACAAUUGCUUUCUUGAUAUUGCGCACAUGUAUAGCAAAUUUUUAGGUUCUCUUCCUUCGACUGCUGAAGAAUACGUCUCUUCUGUUCACAAAUACUUUCCAUACAUCAUUGACACAAAAGUACUUUUAAAUGCAAAUGAUGUACUUAGAGCUAUGAUGAAGAAGGGCAGCACAUCACUGUCCAAAGCAUUUGCCUUCUUGUGUUCAGAAAUUGCUUCGAGUGUCAAAGGAUCUAGAUUCGGUCUCAAGCCACAUGUUAACGUCGAGGUUCAAGUGGAUGACAUGAGGUCCUCAAACUGGAACUCUGGAGCUAAGCAUGAAGCUGGCUAUGAUGCUUUUAUGACGGGUUGUGUUUUUGCCCAAGUAUGCAGUCAUCUUGGGUUCAAUUUCAAGCUUCAUCCACCCUUCACUAAUUUGACCCAUGAUGAGAAGCUCCAAAAGCACAUUAAUCUUCUUUAUUUAAGCUGGAUUAACAGUGACAUUAUUGAUCUGAGGACUGGUAAGCAGACUGCAGAGUCUUCAUAUAACAGCCUAAAAUUUAGGUAUCCGAAGAUUGUCUUUUCAAAUAUUUGUUUAAUUUGGGGAUUUCCAUCCAAACUCAAGGCAAGGGAGAUUAGGGAAUGCGUCUCUAAAGUCUUUGGCCCAAGCUCGGUUUCUUCCAUCUAUCACUUAGAUGAAACUGCUGUGUUUGUUCAGUUUAGUAAAGAAGAAUAUGUCUCUGUUUUUCUGGAGUUGAAGGAAACCUUGGAAAGAAACAAUGAUCCAAUCUCUGUUUUGCAUCCGCUCUCGAAACUCCUGGAAGGUGGAAACACUCGAGCGGCCAGUUAUGAGUUCUAUAAAGAGAUUUGCAGUUCAUCGAUUUCGAAAGUAUUGUUUGCUGAUCAGGCAGAGUCAAUUGGUAUUAAAUGGAAGACCAAAUUGUUGGGAGAAAAUGAAAUGGCUUCUUUUCGAAAUUCUACCGACGAAAGUGAGUCGGGAAAGAUGAACAGUGUGAUAGAUGAUCUAUCGUGCAGCCAUUUCUUGGUUGACCUUUGCUAG